CAAACUAAUUUCUGUUUUUAGAAAGAAACUACUUUCUAUUGUUAUAUCUUUCUUGAAAUAGAAAGAGAAAGGGGCGUGUAUAUAAUAACAAAUGGGUCGAAAUAAGCUUCCAAUGAAAAGAAUCGAGAACAACACAAGCAGAUUGGUCACAUUUUGCAAACGUAGAAAUGGACUCAUUAAGAAGGCUUAUGAACUAUCGGUUUUAUGUGAUAUCGACAUCGCUCUCAUCAUGUUUUCUCCAUCAGGUCGCCUUAACCACUUUUCCUGUAAACGAAGAACAGAAGAUGUGCUUAAUCGAUUCGUAAAUCUCUCGGACUCUGAUAGAGGAAGUGUGAUUCAACAUAGAGAGUAUUUGAACAACCUCCUAAGCAAGAUCAGGAGUGAAAAUGAUUUGGCCAUCCAUAUUCCUUGUCCCGGAGCGAUCGAUGUGCAAUCCGAGGAAAUCCAUCAAGAAAUUAGCACCUUACAUCAUCAAAUUCAUAUGGCUAAGGAACAAUUAAGGAUAUUUGAGCCAGAUCCAAUGACCUUUACAUCACUUUAUGAUUAUGAAUCGUAUGAGAAGUUACUUUAUAAGACGUUGGGCCCAGUUACACAACGCAAGGAAUAUUUGUUAAGUAACCAGCCACCCGCAUACCAUUCAAGCGUAUUACAGGGAGAAAGUUCAUCGAAAAACGAGGAUCUCAAUUGUUGGCCUGGAAAUGUUUGUGAUGGUACAAAUCGAAUGAAUGGACAAACCCACCCAAAUAGGAAUCAAUUGUCAGAUGCAAUAUUUGACCCAUUGCCAAAAUCAACCAUGAAAGAGGAAUCACAAAGCAUUGAAGGGUUUCAAGGCUAUAACCAAGAGAGCCUGUGGCAUCAGUCAACUGAUGAGCUGUUAUCUUCUCUUAUGACUGUUGUGAAAUACGAAUGAUCCGAAUAGACUUAAAUAAUAUUAGCUCAAUGCGGAAUGGGAUCAAAAAUUAUCAAAGCGUAAUAAUCACAACGAAAUACGAAUAAAAUAAAUAGAAUAGAGACACAUGAAUUUACG